AUGCAGGCUGAUAAGCUCUUUGCCAUCUUUGAAGAGUAUUUCAAUCAUGAGUCGAACCCAGGAGCUAGCCUAGUCGAUAAGGUUAAUGCAACCUACACCUUCGAGAUUUACCCUCACAAGGUGGGAUCGGGAGAGUCGAAGAAGUGGACCAUCGACUUGAAAACCAAACCUGGCAAAUGCAUAGCUGCUCAGGAGGAUGGUGGCGACUGCACAUUUCAACUCUCGGACAAAGACUUCGUACAAUUAGCGGCUAACAAGUUGAAUCCCCAAAUGGCGUUCAUGACGGGGAAGUUGAAGAUCAAAGGGAAUCUGGGCAAGGCUAUGAAGUUCACACCUGAUCUCCUACCCAAGGUAGACAUCAAGCUCGCUUUGGAUUCCUCCAAGAGUCCUAAGGACAUCGUUGCUCUCGUACUCAGCAGUUCACCUCAGUCGAAGCUCUAA